AUCUUUCAUGGUGAACUAAGUAGGAUUGGUGUCGCAGCUCAACGUAAGCCUACAGUCCAACGGCAAUGUCACAAGCUCUGUUGUCACCGAGGAGGACCACUGCAGAGAAUUGCUGCUGAGUCACACUCGAUCCUCCACCACAAUCUCUCUGUGCUUCCUAGAAGUAGGUGAAAUUGGAAAGCAAGAAGGCAUGAUCCAAGGAAUGGAAAACCAGACCUCAAACCCAUUGUUAGCGUUGUCAUCGUCACCACUAAGAGAAGAGAAGACAAACGUACUCGGUCGUCUGUCGUACCGCUGCCUUCCUUUUAACUGUUCAUCCAUUCAUUCGUCGGUCCAAGAUUUCAGAAGAUUCUCCAAACAGAGCAGCGAAGCCGCGGGGAGAAUAUUACGGUAUAUUCUCUUGUCGAUGGUCAAGCAAGCGCUCGCUGUGGCGGUGGGGGAGGAGGAGGUGGUGCCGGAGGCGGAACCCGCUCACCCUCUUCCUCCUCCUCCGACCGCCGCGGGGGCGGCGGUGCUGGUGCCGCCGCUCAACUUCGCGAUGGUGGACUAUGACGUGUUCCGCUCGGGCUUCCCAGACGCCGCCAACUUCGGCUUCCUGCGCGCGCUCCACCUCCGCUCCGUCCUGUGUCUUUGCCCGGAGCCAUACCCGGACGCCAACCUCGAUUUCCUUCGGGCCAACGGAAUCAGGCUUUUCCAGUUCGGGAUCGACGGGUACAAGGAACCCUUUGCCAACAUUCCAGAAGAUACAAUUCGUGAAGCACUCAAAGUAGUUCUUGAUAUCAGAAACCACCCACUCCUUAUCCAUUGCAACCGAGGAAAGCAUCGAACUGGUUGUGUCGUUGGAUGUCUAAGAAAACUGCAGCGGUGGUGCCUUGCUUCAAUAUUCGACGAGUACCGAUGCUUUGCCGCUGCAAAAGCAAGAGUUUCCGAUCAAAUGUUUAUGGAGCAAUUCGAUAUCUCAAGCUUCAAACUUUCUCAGGCCUCAUUUUCAAGUUAAAGGAUUCUUUUUACUGAAUGGAUGACAAUGUGUUGCGAUACAAAUCUUUGUCUUCCUACUAUAAGUAUCGGACAGACAGUCUACUGCCUGGAGUAUCAAGCUUCAUUGUCAGCUCUUACUUUGCCUUGAAGGAAGGUGUAAAUGUCAGUCCACUUCAUUGAUGUUGUCCAAGAACUGGAAGAGUGUGUCCAGUCUCAUUAUUCUGAUUCAAAUGCAAACUUGUUUCCAGUACAAAUUAAUGCAAAAGA